AUAUGCAUGGUGGAUAAUAGUUAUGCAAGAAUUUUCUCGUGUCUAAAAUCAGCCGGUCGAUUAAUAUCACUAUUGCACAUUCCUAAAUAUGUAUUUGAAAGUUAAAUUUUCAUGUCUAUUAUAGUCUUUUUAUUCCAAUGCUUUUUAACGAUAUAAAAUUUGUAACAAUUGAUCAUGAUUAUUUUAUAUCAUAAUUAUGAAUUCGAUUCCUUGUCCAGGUAUAGAGUUUGCAAUUGGUGCAUUAGCAGCGGUAGGAGCUGGAUUUUUUACGAACCCAAUUGAUGUGAUAAAAGUACGAUUACAAUUACAAGGAGAGCUAGAAGCAAGAAACACAUACAAAAAAAUAUAUAAAAACACCUUACACGCGGGUUAUUUAAUUGCAAAACACGAGGGUAUAACUGCUUUACAAGCCGGUAUCGUACCGGCCCUAUAUUUUCAAGUCGUGCUCAAUGGAAUACGGUUAGGCAUCUACAAUACAGCAAAAAAGUAUGACCUAAUCACUAAUGACAAAGGGGAUACUGAUAUUUUAAAGACUGUUAUAAUAACUGGAACUUCUGGUUCUGUUGGAGCUGUUCUUGGUAGUCCGUUCUAUAUGGUAAAAACACAAUUACAAGCGAAAUCAGCACAAACCAUAGCCGUUGGUUAUCAGCAUAAUUAUUCAGGAACCUGGAGUGCAUUCAAAUCUCUCUGGAAAGAAGGUGGGAUAGUGGCUUUGUAUCGCGGCUGGUAUGCGAAUAUACCACGUGUUUUUGUAGGAUCCGCAACGCAGUUAACUACCUUCGGUUUAGCUGCGGAUUGGUUACGCUCAUUACAAGUGUUUACAGAUCAACCGAUAUUUCUGACUUUUCUGGCUUCCAUAAUCGGUGGAAGUUGUGUAGCUCUCACUAUGCAACCAUUUGAUGUCUUAGCAACAAGGCUCUACAAUCAACAGACGGACGUAGGCGGAAAAGGUACGUUGUAUAACGGACUAUUGGACGCGAUCAUUAAAAUAUUACGAACAGAAGGACUCUCUGGUUUAUAUAAAGGAAUUUUUCCAACGUGGUUGAGAAUAGCACCGCACACAGUGCUUUGUUUAGUAUUUUAUGAAAAAUUAGACCAAUUAUAUAACAUAUUACAAAAUUAACAAUUGUUUAAAUUUGUAAAAUACGUAGCAAAGAAUUUUAUAAUUUUUAAAUUAUUGUAUUAAGUAUGCUAUAGAAUGAAAAAAUAAAAUUUCUUACAUAG